AUGACAACCGAAGGCAACGUCCAUGGGCUUGACGAGCUGGGGCAGGAAGUACUCUGGAGCUCGCGGGGGCAGCAGGUGAUGAUGCAGUGGGAGAAGAAGUACAUGGAGCUAUGCGUGGACGCGCUCGCCAUCCAGCCGUCGGACCGCGUGCUGGAGAUCGGCUUCGGUCUGGCCUACUCGGCGUCUCGCAUCCAGACAUUCCGUCCCAGGAGCCACACGAUCAUAGAGUGCGAUCGGGAGACGCUGCAACGUGCCCGGCUGUUUGCAGCAGCUCACACUGGGGUGGAGAUUGUGGCCGGUACGUGGCAGCAGCAGUUGCCGACGCUGAACCAAUUCGACUGCGUCUUCUUCGACGACUACCCGCUUCCGGAGCUGGAAUCCGGGGAGUUCCCUACAAGAGAGGGAGGAGACGGUGGGCGACGGUCGCGCUGGCACGAUUUCCUUGAUGUCGCAUUGAAACACUGUGCGAAUGGAGCUAGGGUGUCCGGGUAUUUGGCUCGAGAGAUGGAUCUCCAGCGUUCAGGAUGCUGUGUAGCAGUAUCCGAGGUGCUUGUCGGCGUUUCUGCGAAUUGCAACUAUUUCCCGCACAAGACUGCUCUCGUUCCGGUGAUCACCGUUGAA